AUGGCCAAAGACCCAGUUAGAGUUUUAGUAACUGGUGCCGCUGGGCAAAUUGGGUAUGCUCUUGUUCCUAUGAUUGCGAGGGGGGCAAUGUUAGGCCCUGAUCAGCCUAUAAUUCUUCACAUGCUUGAUAUCGAGCCAGCAGCAGAGGCCUUGAAUGGAGUCAGAAUGGAACUAGUCGAUGCUGCCUUUCCUCUUCUAGGGGAUGUUGUUGCCACCACCGAUGUCACCGUGGCGUGUAAAAGUGUGAAUGUAGCAGUGAUGGUGGGUGGAUUCCCACGGAAGGAAGGUAUGGAAAGGAAGGAUGUGAUGUCGAAAAACGUAUCAAUCUACAAGGCUCAAGCUUCAGCUUUGGAGAAGCAAGCUGCUCCAGACUGCAAGGUACUAGUAGUUGCCAAUCCAGCAAACACAAAUGCACUUAUCUUGAAAGAAUUUGCACCUUCGAUCCCAGAGAAAAACAUCACUUGCCUUACCCGUCUUGAUCAUAACAGAGCACUAGGCCAACUCUCGGAGAGGCUAAAGAUUCAUGUGGGUGAGGUGAAGAACGUAAUCAUAUGGGGCAAUCACUCCUCAACUCAAUACCCAGAUGCGAAUCAUGCAACUGUCACAACCGCCAAUGGUGAAGAGAAGCCUGUCAGAAGUGUUGUAGCAGAUGAAAAUUGGUUGAACACCGAGUUCAUUACCACGGUGCAGCAGCGUGGUGCAGCCAUUAUCAAAGCUCGAAAGCUAUCGAGUGCAUUAUCUGCAGCAAGUGCUGCUUGUGAUCAUAUUCGUGAUUGGGUUCUUGGGACUCCUAAGGGAACAUGGGUAUCCAUGGGAGUGCAUUCGGAUGGAUCUUACGGAAUUCAGGCUGGAAUUAUUUACUCUUACCCAGUCACAUGUGAUAAAGGACAAUGGUCAAUUGUUCAGGGGCUGAAGGUAGACGAUUUCUCAAGAGAAAAGAUGGAUGCAACAGCGAAAGAGCUUGUGGAGGAGAAAACGCUGGCUUAUUCCUGUCUUAACUGAUGAAGAAGAAGAAGAAGU